AUGGAGGCAAUUUCCGCCUAUAUUUGGAAACAUUUUGCUCUCGCACAGGCUUUGACUGGUUCACAACCAACCAGAAUCGGUAUCCCCAUUGAUGGGCGUGCAUGCCUGAACAUCCAUCCUUCCUACUUCGGAAAUGCUAUAGCAAUGCCUUUCAAGGAGAGUUAUGCAGAGCAGAUAUUAGAGGAGCCAUUAAGCAAGAUUGCAGAAAUCGUACACAACGUUAUAGGUGAAUCCCUGAACAGUGAAUAUUUCAGGUCCAUUGUCGAUUGGGUGGAGGUCAAGAGACCCUCAGUGAUUUUAGCGAGAGUGUAUGCAAAGGAAGUUUCGGCCGUUGUGGUGUCUUCAGGAGUGAGGAUUCCAUUAUAUAACUUUGAGUUUGGCUGUGGGAAGCCUGCGUUUUCAAGUGUGUUUUUUCCAUUGGGAGGAACAGCAGGGUACGUGAUGUUGCAGGUGAGUCCCCUAGAAGAUGGGAAUAUGGUGAUCUAUAUGCAUAUGGCCGAAAAGCACUUAGAUGCCAUUGAACCUGAUCCUGAAUUUGUGUUCGUGAGAGCCAAUCGAAUGAAUUUUUGGUUCAAAUCUGCAGUUCAGAAAGGGCAGCCCAACAUGGGCACCAAGCUUGGAGUAUAUCAGUCAGCGAGGACUUUGAUAGAGUAUUUUUUGCCACUCAAUAUGAGGGUACAAGUUCAUAAGCUGAAAUCUCUUCGGCUAAGAGCCAAGGACUGA